CAUAAAGGUAUAGAAAUUUUGUACAUCAGUGAAAAAAAGAUGAGAUCAUUGGAGCCGAAAGUGAAUAUCAAAACAUGGAAAUUGGGAAUUUCACUUGUUUCUUCCUUCUGAUCCAUCUGCACUAACUUUAAAGACUUGCUCCAUAUUAGUCAUCACACCUCCUAUACAUGGAUCCACGCAUGGAUCCCCGGCGUCGCAGGAGACGACUUGCCGACAACGGCGAAGACCUUUUUGCCCAGCUCCUUGGUCGCCGAAAUAUGCACGCCCCUCGGCACAUCGCGGCAAACCACAUUCAAGGACCACCUGGACCGGUAAAUGUGGGUCGACCAUUUCAUGCCCCCAACUUCGCCCCACCGCCGCUGCGGUUUGGUCAGCAGGCUCCAGCGCAAGGCGGAGCCAAACGAGGAGAAGUCCAGUUCAUCAAGGGUCUCUCUUGCAUGUUGUUGAAUCUGUACGGAAAAGCGAGGAGCUUCCGGCACACGGGAGGGAAAACGAAGGAGCCAGUGGCGUGCAUAGCCUUGGUUGAUUUGACGGAAGAAGAAAACUUCUUUGAGGUGGAGAUCAAAGGGCAAGGAGUAGGGAGCGAGGAUAUCCGUGUUGGUCUGGCAAUGCAGACACACCCUACAGAUGCUCAUCUAGGAUCGACAAAGACCUCCGUAGGGUACAGCGUCUACGAUGGCAAAGGGUACUUUGGCAGACCAGAUACGCUAGUCUGCACACCAGCCCAGAACUUUGACAAAGUUGGAAUUGCGCUUCACUUCGAGCGAGCGGAAUGCUCGGGGGAGGAUGCUAGCACGUUCAUCUGCCCACUCUCUGUUGUGGUCAAUGGGAAAAGGAUCCUACAAGAGGAGAUAACCCUUGACCCCUUGAAGCCAUUUUACCCAGCAUUCAGUCUGGGAGGCCGAGAGCAACACGUCAAGUACCUCGGCCUCAGUAGAUGGUCAUACCAGGAGGAGGAUAUGCUGAUAGAUGAUGUCAUGGAAGAACAGAUGUGGAGAAGGGUCAACCAUGCAUCGGUUAAUGGACAGAUCGUGACGUACACAGGAAAGGGGGAGGACUUCUCAGAGUUUGGGAUGGCUCAGGGCCGGAAACGGCUCGGCCCGGCAAACCACUACUUCGAGCUGGAGAUCAUUGACCCGGGAAGGAGUUGCUAUGUCGCCCUCGGCGUGACCCGGAAGGACUACCCCACCAAUAUGCAUCCUGGUUGGGAUCGAGGGUCAAUCGCUUACCAUGCAGACGAUGGUAAGAUCUUCACCGGCCACGGAGUAGGAAACCCUUUUGGACCUAAAUGCCACAAAGGAGACAUCAUGGGGUGCGGUAUAAUGUUUCCUAGAGAUUACCAAGCAGAUAGUGAUGAUGGCAGUGAUACGGAAGAGGAGAUCAUCGACGAAUGGAGGCCCGGGAAACCCAACCCCAACAGGCUCGGUGAACCGGGUGAUCAAGAUAACGUUGGUAUCCACCUCUACGACUUCUCGGACGACGAGGACCUUUGGCUCGAAGACGAGCUCAUCAACGCGAUGGGCGUUGGUCAGAGGAAACAGGAGAGAACAAAAGUACAAGUCUUCUUUACCCGAAACGGAACAACGAUCGGAAGAAGAGAAAAUGUGACCAUCCCAGCUGGCGGCUUUUAUCCGACCGUUGGUCUCCUGAGUCCAGAGGAGAAAGUUAGGGUCGACCUACAACCUCUGAGCGGUUGAGACAUGAAUAUUCAUGAUCCUCAUUCUCAUCAAUAUUCAGGCAAUCUUGCUGAUGAACAAAGAUGACUAUUCAUGAACUUCAUUCUCAUCACUAUUCAGGUAAUAUCAGACAAUCUUGCUGAUCAACAGAGAUGAAUAAUAAUUAAUUUAAUCCUCAUCUUUAUUCAGGUUUAUUGAGUCAUCACCUCAUAGGUUCUUUUCUGAAGAAUGCUCGUAAAUAGAUGAAUUUAUUCAUUAUGUGAAGAAUAUCCAUUAGUAGGUAAAUAUUAAUGAGUAACUGAAUAUUCAUGAAUGUGAUUCCACCAUAUUCUUUUCUGAAUAAUGUACAUCAAUAGAUGAAUAUUCAUCAUGUGGAGAUUUUUCAUUUGUAGAUGAAUAUUAAUGAAGAGAAGAAUAGAGGAAUAUUCAUAAUGUGACUCCACCCUCCACCAUGUUCUUUUCUGAAGAAAGUACAUCCAUAGAUGAAUAUUCAUUGUGUGAAGAAUAUCAAUGUAUAAGAUGAAUAUUCAUGAGUAGAUGAAUAUUCAGGAUGUGACCCCACCAUGUUCUGUUCUGAAGAAAGUACAUCCCUAGAUGAAUAUUCAUUGUGUGCAGAAUAUCAAUGUAUAAGAUGAAUAUUCAUGAGUAGAUGAAUAUUCGGGAUGUGAUUCCACCCUCCACCAUUUACUUUCACCAAGGUAUUUAAUGAAUUACUCAAGGAAACCUUGGGGUGUUUCACAAAGAUUUAAGUAUGACUUAGAGUUGCGUACGGUAUGAAAGUCUUGACCGCGUUGGUCAGAUCGUGUCAUAAGGAUGCGCACUACUGCGUAUCUAUCAAUAAGAUGGCGCGUUGUAUUUCAGAUACGCGUCGGCGUUUAAGUGCGACUUAAGUCAUACUUAAAUCUUUGUGAAACACCCCCCUUAUCAUAAUUCUUCCAUUGCUGUAUUCUACUGUAGCUUAUUGUCAUGGAGUGCUCACUGUUUUGUUUUCAUGUUUUAGAGGCAAUAUACAUGUAGCACAGUCACAUCGAAUAGCAUCAGCGUAUGACUAAAGUGGUUCCUAAACCUUUACCCAUGAUGCAACAUUUUGACAUGCAGUCUUUUGAAUUAUUUGAAUUAUUCCAACUAGAAUAAAGUAACUAAUGAUUUAAAAUACUCAUACCACAACAUGCCAUAGUCAUUUUGAACAGUGCCAACUCAAGACUGAAACCAAUCGUGUAGUACCUGGAUUAUUACUCAGGGUGCAACAGUUUGGUCAUAUAGUCUAAGAAUUAUACCAUAAUCUACCCAAUAAUAUAAUUUCUACUAUAUUCAUGCUAAAUGAUCAUGUAAUUUUUUUUAUCAAAAUUUGCAUCAUGUUUCUGAUUGUUUUAUGGAAUAAGCUGUUUUGUUUAUUUUGGAGAUCCUUUAUUACAGAAAACCUUCGAGAUGAUUGAUUGUUAGUUUUGAGGAGGGACUCAUGCGUGUGGAAGAGCAUCUCUUUAGCUCUACUUUGAUACCUUUGCACUUGCAUUAAACUCUGACAUCAUGCUUGACUUGAUAAAUCACUGGCUUGAAAGAUAUCAGGCCUAAGGACAGAGAUCUGGGCCCGUCUUACAAAGAGUUACGAUUGAUCCGAUCAACCUCAACUAUAUGGAAAUCCAACAAUGCCAUAAUUUUUUCUACAGGAAAUGUGCACAAUGUCCUUUGUAAGCAAAGAGAAGCACACUGAAUUUCAAGAAAACGAUGAAUGUAUGAAUAGCCUGUACAUAUGUAAAAAGUAUUAUGAAUAAACAUGCAUUUUAGAUGUUGACGGUGCUGGCUUUCCAUAGUCACGGUUGAUUGGUCCAAUCGCAAUUCUUUGUAAAAGAUGGGACCCCUGUUAAUCUGAGAUUAGCUUUCACUGGAUUGUUGUAUCGGCUUAGUCAUUUCUUUUGUGACUUCACAGAGUCAUUUUGAAUAGCCCCCUGGGCCCUUGUAGGGUAUACUAUCAUUGAAUGCAAGGAUUGAAGCCUCAUUUUAGAUUGAGUAAAUCCCUAUUUGCGGCUUUCAGUUCUCCCACUUCAUUACUACAUUAUAAUAAAUCUCUAUAUCCUAUAAAUAAAGCAGGCUCUGAUCCAGCCAGAUUAGACACAGUAUUUUCGAGAAGCCAACUGUUUUUCAAAAACAAUUUGGCCCCGAGAAUGGUCUUUUGUCUAGUCCGGCCGGAUCCGCGCCUGCUAAAAGUGUACAGGAGAUGAUAAAUUAGGAACAUGUUUUAGCGGAUAUAUCUUGUGAUUUUACAAGAACAGUUCCUAGUAUUUUCAUCGCUAUCCUUUUUUUUUUUUUUCAAUUUUAAUCAGUUUGUCUUGCCUUUUGAGAAAAAAAUGAUAGCACGGGAAACUAAUAGGAAAGCAUGUUGCCAUCUACCUGAAAUUUUAAGUUUUAUUUUCAGUUUUUUCAUUCAUUCAAAAUGCUAUGUGGUAUAUCAUAAAUUUUUUAUUUUGAAAUAUAUGUUUUAAGCUCUUUAUUCAAAUCAAACUGCUUUGAGGUAAAAGUUUUAUUUUGAAAUGAUCUUUAUAUUAUGAUAUUUGAUGUAAAAGAUGCUUUAUCAUUACAUUGCUUUUCUGUGUUUGUCAUUAUAUGUAUUAAAUGAUGACAAGUUCACAACAUUAAACAAUUCCCCCUCUAAUGGAUGGCCUACAAACUUUCAUUAGCAAAAAAAAAACACUUCCAUAUUCACCUCUGUCAAGUUUUCAUCCUGUUCCCAAAUGAAUGCAACUGCAUACAACAAUUUAAGCAAUGCAUUCAAAUAACAAACAUUAUAUGACACCUAGGUAGAUCCUCGUGAUUUGAUUGGUUGUUU